UUCAUUAACCUCAAGAUGAUAUGUCGGCUCAGUCUUUAGGAGGUGCUCAUAGGUAGGGCGUCCGUGCAUGCAUUCGUGAGACGAGUGUACGUGCGUGUGUAUAAGGGUCUUGUGUUUCAAAAAAAAAGAAGGGUUUUUUGGUUAAGAUGAAGAAGACGUGCGUGUGUAUAACGGUGGCUUUUCUUCGGUUCUUCCCGUUCCCUCUCCUCUGCUUGUUCCGGAAAUGGCGCACCACCUCCUCUCCACUCCUCCUCUCCACCACUACUUUACUUUGCGAUCCCUCCACUCCGCCUUCUCCUUCCCCCCGUCGAUCGGAUCCAAUCCACCGCGACAUACGCACGGCCAAUCCCACCCCAUCCCACCCCACGGAGAAUUCCCAGUUUGAUGCGGCCACGCGACGGUGGUGAAUGCAGCAGCAGCGGCGAUGAUGCUCGGCCUCGUGCAGCUGCUGGUGGGGUUCGUCGUCUCCUGGGAGGCCCUCGAGUUCGUCCUCCGCUACGGCCUCCUCCUCUCCACCCUCAAGCUCCUACUCCUUGCCGCCUUGGCCGCCACGGCCUCGUGUAUCGCCCUCCUCUUGUUUGCCAAGGCUCUGGCAUGGGUGCUCCGUCGCAUGGCGAAACUCUCCAUCGGCUGCCGCUCCUAUGGUUUCAAUUAUCUCAGGGGCAUCACCAUUAACUCUCCUAAAGGACCGCUCCAGUCCAUCUCUGUCGGUGAAAUUAGACUCGGCCUGCGCAAGCCACUCACCCAGCUGGGGCUCACCAUACUAACUCAAGGCCCAGUCCUGCAACUGCGAAUUUCUGAAUUGCACAUUGUGCUCAGGCAACCCGCCAAAUCUGCAAACGAAAAGAAACCUGCCCCGCGCAAGCCAACCUCAGCCUCAUCGCCCAAACCAAAAGAAAAUUCCAAAGGCCAAGCAAAAUGGAGGCUUAUAACAAAUGUUGCCAGCCUUUUAUCACUUUCUCUAGUGGACCUCAGGCUCAAGACUCCAAAAGCUGCUCUUGGCAUCAAGGACUUUAAGAUUGAUUUAUCUAAAUCUGGAGCACUGCAUCCAGUUCUUAAUGUUCAAAUACACCUGAUACCUUUAUUUCUACAAGCGUUAGAGAUAGAUGGCACGGAAAAUGAUUCUUCAUCACCAUUUAACAAAUUGGAUUGGUGGGUGAGUGGACAAUACCCUUCAGCUAUGGACACUACUGACUGCAGCUCUUUCUUGCUUGAGGAUAUAGCACUCUCGUGUGAGCUUCAUCAGAGGGAUAAAAGAAUUAGAGUCAAGAAUUUGGAUCUGAUGUCUGGUCCAAUUGUUGUGAACCUGGAAGAAAAACUAUUCACCAAGAAGCCCUCUACUUCUACUGUUGCUGAUCAGAAGGAUGAAUCUACUGUGGAUAAUAAAUCAGCUGCCAAACCCGAGGGGAGCAAGCUUUUGUCAUUGAAUAAGAAGACCGAUUUGAUUCCUGAAAAGGUUAGCUUCAAUAUGUCCAAGCUAGAUCUGAAGUUUUUGCCAAAGGACCAUGGCCUCUCGAUCAACAACGAAUUUGGUAGCAUUUCUGUGAGACUUAUGAAGUCACAGCCUCAGAAUGACUUAGGGGUGGCUCCAACACACCUUUGGUUGGAAACUGACGUGACAGAUAUUCAUCUUCUGAUGGAUGGUUCUACAUCUGUAUUAGAGGUUGUGAAAAUUGCAACUGUUGUUUCAGCUAAUAUUCCCACUCAGUCAACAGAGCCAAUACGAGCGGAAGUAAAUAUCAAGAUCAGUGGGGGCCAAUGUAAUCUUAUUAUAAGCAGAAUUAAGCCACUGAUCUUGAUGAAGUCAGCUAAAAAGAAGCCCCUUGUUCUUCAUGAAAGUCCACAACAAGACAAGGUGCCCAAAGAAAAAUUAGCACUGGCUUUGGUACUUACAUUCUCAGUACCCGAGUUGUCUGUUGUGCUUUAUAGUCUUGAUGACAUACCUCUGUUCCAUUGUUGCUUGCUGUCUACUCAUUUUUCUGCAAGUAAGUUGGUAAACCAAGGACCUGAACUGCAUGCAAAGCUUGGAGAAUUAAAAUUCCUUGUUGCUGUGAAACAUCAACAGUUGAUAAAUGAAUGCAUUUCGGGCACCUUACUGCACAUUAGCUGCUCAACUCUUGAUCUAGAGCAAAAGGAGGCAAGCAAAGAUAGCGGUGUUGACCAUGCUAAAUCUGCUCUCUCUGUUAAUAUAUCUGGAAUAGGAAUGCAUUUCUGUUUUUAUUACCUUGAGUUGCUUUGUACAACUGCAAUGUCCUACAAGGGUUUUUUGAAAAGCAUUCUUCCCCCUAAGAAACGACCUGUACAUGAGACUUCUCAAAAAUCUACCAAGAAUGCUAAAGGAGCACAGCUAGUGAAGAUUAGCGUUGAACAGUGCUCUAUUUUGUAUGUUGGUGACAUGAGGCUUGAAGAUAUGUCCGUAGCAGAUCCAAAGCGUGUAAAUUUUGGUUCACAGGGUGGCCGUGUUAUGAUAAUUGAUGACGCUAAUGGUGGCCCAAGGAUGGCCUAUGUAAACUCGACCAGGCUUCCAGAUCAUAAGAAUGUUAACUUCUCCACUUCUCUUGAGACUAAUCGAUUUGGUGUGUGUCUGAACAAGGAAAAGCACUCCAUGCAGGUUGAACUUGGAAGAUCCAGAUUAACACAUAAAGAAUAUCAGUUUGAUGAUAAUCCUGCAGAGGAGGUUACACUUUUUGAUGUGCAAAAGGCAAAGUUCGUCAAGCGUUCUGGUGGGCAGAAUGACAAUGCAGUCUGCUCCCUCAUCAAUGUGACAGAUAUAGCAGUCAGGUAUGAGCCAGAUCCCUGCCUGGAAUUACUUGAAGUAGCCACGCGGCUUAAAUCAGUUCUGCACAGGCUGAAACUCCAGAAUUCUGCUACUGAGGUAAAAGAAGAAACAGCACACAUGGAUACGUUGACAAAAAAAGAACCUACAGACAAUAGCCAGCAAGAGAAGGCACAAAAGAAACGGGAAUCAGUUAUUGCCAUUGAUGUGGAAUCAUUGAAAAUUUCAGGUGAACUUGCUGAUGGGGUUGAAGCAAUGGUUCACGUUGGCUCCAUUUUUUCUGAGAAUGCCAAGAUUGGUGUUUUGAUUGAAGGGGUUGCAAUUAUUUUUUGUGAUGCACAGCUUUUCAAAAGCAGCCGUAUGCAGAUUUCACGCAUCCCGAUUUCUGUUUCUGACAGCAUUCCUGAUAAGAAGUUUCAGUCUGCAACUACAUGUGAUUGGGUUAUUCAAUUGCGAGAUGCUUAUAUAUGUCUGCCUUUUAGGUUGCAGCUGCGGGCUAUUGAUGAUGCAGUUGAAGAUACAUUGCGGGCAUUUAAACUUAUUUCUGCAGCAAAAACAUCCGUAUUAUUUCCUGAGAAGAAAUCUAGCAGCAGCAGCAGCAGUAAAAAGAGCAAAUCAAAAUCCACGGUAUUUCGGUAUGUCAGGUUAAUUGUACGUGACCUCACAGCAGAAAUUGAGGAAGAACCUCUCCAAGGUUGGCUUGAUGAGCAUAUGGCUUUAAUGAAGAAUGUAUUUAGUGAGUCCAUAGUUAGGUUGGAUCUGCUCGAUCAGCUUGAGUCAGCCAAAAACAAAGACUCCCCCAAGGCAAAAUUGGAUGGCUCUGCUUCUGAAAAGAGCAAUGACAACCCUGAUGUUUAUGUUGAUGCGCCUGGCAUGCAAUCUCUUGAAAAGCUUAGAGAAGAAAUCCAUAUACAGGCAUUUAAAUCAUAUUACCAGGCAUGUCAGAAGUUGUCAGUAUCAGAAGGGUCAGGUUCAUGUUCAAGUGGCUUCCAGUCAGGAUUUAAGAUGAGUAAACAGAGAGCAUCAGUUAUGUCAAUCUGUGCAAAAGAUGUUGACGUGAGCCUAUCAAAGAUUGAUGGGGGUGAUGAAGGAAUGAUUAGUUUUGUUAAAAGUGUGGAUCCUGUUUGUGCAAAAAAUGAUAUUCCAUUUUCCCGGUUGUAUGGCAGCAAUUUUACUUUGAAAGCUAAAUCAUUAUCUGCGUAUAUAAGAGAUUACGCAUUUCCACUCUUUUCUGGAACCUCUGCUAAAUGUGAUGGACGGCUUGUGCUUGCCCAGCAGGCGACUUGUUUUCAGCCCCAAGUUCGACAAGAUGUUUAUGUUGGGAAAUGGUGGCGAGUAAAUCUGCUACGGUCCGCUACUGGCUAUACCCCACCAAUGAAAACAUAUGCUGACAUACCAUUGUCUUUUCAAAGAGGGGAGGUCUCCUUUGGAGUCGGCUAUGAGCCAGUUUUUGCCGAUAUAAGCUAUGCUUUUACAUGUGCAUUGCGCAGGGCAAAUCUAGCUAAAAGAUGGUACUUUGAGCGCCCCGAACCCCCUAGAAGAGAGCGCAGUUUACCCUGGUGGGAUGAUAUGCGGAACUACAUCCACGGUAAAUUCAGCUUAUGUCUUGCUGAAACAAUGUGGCAUCUCCCUGCUGCAACAAGUCCUUAUGAGAAGCUAGAUCAAUUGCUAAUCACAACUGGCUAUAUAGAAAUACGAUAUGUGGAUGGUUAUGUCAGUCUGUCUUCAAAGUGUCUAAAGGUGUACAUCACUAGCCUAGAGAGUCUUGCGAAGAAGUGCACUCUAGAACCUCCACCUCAUACAACUAUACCUUUCCUUGAAACACCCUCCUUUUUCAUGGACAUUGCAAUAGAGUGGGGAUGUGAUUCAGGCAACCCUAUGGAUCAUUAUAUAUUUACUCUACCUGUAGAGGGAAAACCGCGAGACAAAGUACUUGAUCCAUUUCGGUCAACUUCACUCUCACUAAAGUGGAGCUUUUCACUUAAACCUAGUACUGCUGAACCUAUGGAGAGUAAACAAAAAACCCAAGCAUCUUCAAAUGAUUCUCCGACUCUGAAUGUUGGAGCUCAUGAUUUGGUCUGGCUAUCAAAGUGGUGGAACUUAUUUUUUCUUCCUCCCCAUAAAUUAAGACUUUUCUCUAGGUUUCCACGGUUUGGAGUUCCUAGAUUUAUCCGGUCCGGAAAUCUGCCACUUGAUAGAGUUAUGACCGAACAGUGUAUUCGUUUUGAUGCUACACUAUUGCAGAUCAACAAUAUACCACUACAGGCUGAUGAUCCUGCUAAAGGUCUGAUACUGCACUUCACAAAGCUCAGGUUGGAAAUUUCUUCCAGUCGUGGUAAGCAGAUAUUUACUUUUGACUGCAAGCGCGAACCUCUUGAUCUUGUCUACAUGGGCAUAGACAUGCACUUAUUGAAGGUAUUUAUUAAUAAUACUCCUGAACAAACAAGUUCGAAGGAUGGCCAGGUAGAAAGCAAGAGUCUGCAUACCAAAGUUGCAGAUAAUCCUGCUUGUGAAAAGAGCAAAACAAAAACUAGAUCGACUGAGAAAAGCCGGGAUGAUGGAUUUUUUCUGUACUCUGAUUAUUUCACAAUACGAAAACAAGCUCCCAAGGCCGAUGCUGCUAGAUUAUCAGCAUGGCAGGAGGAUGGCAGGAAAAAAUCUGAGGUGACAUCAUUCAAGUCUGAGUUUGAUGGGGGUGAUGAAAGUGACGAUGCGCAAUCAGGUAGUGAUGAGGAGGGGUUUAAUGUUGUUGUUGCUGACAAUUGUCAGCGAGUAUUCGUUCAUGGAUUGAAAAUUCUGUGGAGUCUAGAAAAUAGAGCCGCUAUCUUAUCUUGGGUUGGUGGUUUAACCCAAGCAUUUCAGCCUCCAAAACCAUCUCCUUCUCGCCAAUACACCCAAAGAAAGAUUCUUGAGAAAAAGCAGGCAAUUAAAGAAGCUGAGAUGUCUAAUGAUGCUGCUCCCAACUCUUCACCCUCAGCAUCACAGUCUUCAGAUCCUCUCCAACAAACCAAGAGUUCAGACCCAGCUUCUUCCAUCGGAUCCAGCAAGCUAGAGCCAACAUCGAGUAGUGAAACUGCAACGAAGCCUUCAAACAGUAGUGAUUCUGAAGAUGAAGGCACGAGACUUUUCAUGGUUAAUAUUGUCCAACCUCAGUUCAAUCUGCAUUCAGAAGAAGCAAAUGGUAGGUUUCUGCUAGCUGCUGGUAGUGGACGGGUGAUGGUUCGUUCAUUUCAGUCAGUUGUACAAGUUGGUCAAGAAAUGUUUGAGAAAGCACUUGGCGCCAGCAACGUAUCCAUCAGAGAGUCCAAGCCAGAAAUGACCUGGUCACGUUUUGAGGUUUCUGUAAUGUUGGAGCAUGUUCAGGCUCAUGUUGCUCCAACUGAUGUUGAUCCGGGUGCUGGUAUUCAGUGGCUGCCAAAAAUACAUCGCAGAUCGUCAGAAGUCAAAAGAACUGGUGCUUUACUUGAGAGGGUAUUUAUGCCAUGCCAAAUGUACUUCCGCAUCACAAGACACAAGGGAGGAAAUCCUGAGCUAAAGGUCAAGCCACUGAAAGAGCUGGCAUUUAACUCUCCAGAUAUAACUGCUGGUAUGACAUCACGCCAAUUUCAGGUUAUGAUGGAUGUUUUGACUAAUCUGCUCUUUGCGAGAGCUCCCAGAACUCGGAAGAGUAAUCUGUGCUAUCCCCUUGAUGAUGAUGAUAGCGACAUUGCUGAAGAAUCUGAUGCAGUUGUACCAGAUGGAGUCGAAGAGGUCGAAUUAGCGAAGAUCCAUGUUGAAGUAAAAGAAAGAGAACGGAAGAUACUGUUUGAUGAUAUCAGAAUCUUGUCUACCAGUAGUGAAUUAUCUGGUGAUCCGAGUCAGUCACCAAAAUUGGAUGAUUCUACAUCAAUUGCUACUGGUUCAAAGUCAAUGCUGGUAAAACGUCUGAAGAAAGAACUUGUGAAUGUCCGAAAUGGUAGGAAAGAAGCAUAUUCUAUGCUGAGAAGUGCUAUGCAGAAAGCUGCACAGUUGAGGUUGAUGGAAAAGGAAAAGAACAAAAGCCCUUCAUGUGCCAUGAGAGUUUCGGUGAGGAUAAACAAGGUCGGGUGGAGCAUGUUAGCAGACGGAAAAGCCUUUUCUGAAGCUGAGAUAAAUGAUAUUAUUUAUGAUUUUGACCGGGACUACAAAGACAUAGGCAUUGCUCAGUUGACAACCAAGUUGUUUGUUCUCAGAAAUGGUCUUGCUAAUGCAAAAUCAGAUACUGUUGUUGCACCCUGGAAUCCACCGUCUGAAUGGGGCAAGAAUGCAAUGCUUCGUGUUAAUGCUAGGCAAGGAGCUCCGACUGAUGGAAACUCAGUAAUUGAGAGUUUGCUGGUGGACAUCUAUCCACUGAAAAUUUAUUUAACAGAAUCAAUGUACAGAAUGAUGUGGGGAUAUUUCUUCCCUGGUGAUGAGCAGCACCCACAAAAGCGGCAGGAACUUUUCAAAGUCUCUACUACAGCAGGGACACGUCGAGUUAAGAAAGGCACUUCGGUUGCAGAAACAAACAGUCCCAGUAACCAGUCAUCAUUUGACAGAACAUGGGAGGAAAAUGUGGCUGAAUCUGUAGCUAAUGAACUUGUUUCACAAAUCCAGGGUCAGUCAAAUGCCCAAACUCGUUCUGCUCGUGAAGAGAAGAAGCCUGUAGAACCUAAUGAGGUGAAGCAAUCUAGACCUCAGAAGAUGAUGGACUUCCGCAAUAUAAAGAUAAGCCAGGUCGAAUUGCUUCUCACGUAUGAGGGAUUGCCAUUUGCUGUUAGUGAUGUAAGGCUACUCAUGGAUACCUUUCAUCGUGAAGAUUUUACUGGGACAUGGCCAAGACUAUUUUCACGAGUGAAGAAACAUAUUGUAUGGGGAGUACUGAAGUCAGUAACUGGCAUGCAGGGUAAAAAGUUUAAAGCUAAAUCCACUAGCCAAAAAGAGCCAACUGCAGGAUUAAUCGCUGCCAAUGAUUUAAAUUUGAGUGACAGCGAUGGUGAUGAAAGUGGGAACUCUGAUCAACUACCAUCUUUCCUUAGAAAACCAAGUGAUGGUGCUGGUGAUGGAUUUGCCACCUCUGUGAAGGGAUUGUUCAGUUCACAAAAAAAGAAAGCAAUGCAUUUUGUCCUGAAGACUAUGAAAGGAGAUGGUGAUCAGGAUUUUCAGGGUGAACGGAGUGAGAAUGAUAUCGAGUUUUCUCCAUUUGCUCGGCAGUUAACUAUAACAAAAACAAAGAAGCUUAUAAGGAAGCACACGAAAAAGUUACAGCCUAAAGUUCCCCAAAAUGCAGGUAGUCAGCAAGAACACGGGUCAGAGUUGCCACCGCGCGGCCCUUCUGGGCAUCAUACGGACUCGUCGUCCUCCUCCUCCUCUUCAUCCUCUUCUGACAACGAUCAGCCAUCGCAGGUGGAAAUGAGCCCGAAAGAUCAUGCAGCGUAGGCGUACGCAUGGACGAUUCUUUGGUCAGUAAAAGCUGGAUGGAUGCUUCUAGUUUGUGGACUAAAACAGCUGCGCCUGAAGAAAUUCUUUAAUCCAGGAGAAAUAUUGUUGACACAUAUGAAGCAUUAUUUUACCGAGCUUCUGAAAACAAGGCGUUGAAAUAAGCUGUGUCCUUCCUUUCA